AUGGACGCUACGAAUUCAGUUUCGAAGGGUGUAUUUGUGUUUAAAAAUGGAGCAACACGUGCGAAAGGACCCAGAAAGGUCCAACACUGCAACAGCUUUCUGGAUGCAAGCACAACCAACCAGCUUUGGUUUCGCAUGUACAAAAAACACUGGCAACGAACACGAGAGAUGAUUUUGAAGCUGCAAACAAGCAGCUAUGACAAAAUUAUUAAUGAUUUGUUAAAGUUUAUAGAAAAUAGUCGAACGUCAAACAAAUACGAAGGAUUCCUUCCCACCGCAGCACUGCUGACAGGCAUCAAUCAAACAGAUCAUCUGUCCCAGUUCGAGAAGCUAGCAGACGAUAUCCACAACAACACUCACUCGAUAGUGGUAUUACUACAGGCCCGUGAUGGCACAAACCUUAAGCAAGCCAUCGAAACAAUCGUCGAGAAGUGCAUUGAGAGCCAACGCAAAGAUAGCUGUAACGAAAAACGAUUUCGUAAAAACCAGCUCAAUCUAGACGUUUUACAGGCUUGGUACCUGGAAACGCAAGUGAAUGGUGAAACAAGACCAAAUCUUACCAUUAUUGUACCGGACUUUGAGUUGUUCAAUCCCGUCAUUCUGCAAGAUCUGAUAAUCAUUUUAGAUUCGUACGCUGCAAAGCUGCCAUUUGUGCUGGUAUUUGGAGUAGCAACUGAUGUGUCAACCAUCCACAAUGUGCUACCGUAUCAUGUAACAAGCAAAAUCAAGAUAUCUGUUUUCCAAUCAGAAUCAUCUGCUGGUAAUCUCAACAAAAUCCUGAACGAGGUAUUGUUGACACCGUUCAGCCCGCUCCAUCUGUCAGGCAAAGUUUUCAAGCUGCUGUUGGAUAUUUUCUUGUUUUACGAUUUUUCUGUUAAUGGAUUCAUCGAGGGCUUCAAAUACGCCUUCAUGGAUCAUUACUUUCAAAAGUCUAUCAAUGCAUUAAGCGCAAUUAUCAACGAUGAGGACGAGCUGAAAACAAUGAUCAAUGAUCUUUCGCCAUCAGAAUUGGGCCAAAUACGGCAACUGCCUUCUUUUCGGCCAUACGUGGAAUCCCAACAAAACCCGCAGGAUGUCGUAGAUCUGCUUACCAACGACGAUCACCUAAAGCGAUCACUAGCGCCAAUGAUAAUGCAGGUGCACAAUUAUUGGUUUACUUUUUAUUGUGCCAUGCAUAUGCUGCAAACACUAGUAGGCGAUCUUCCAAAAGCACCAUUGGGCAAGCAAAUGCGUGAGCUGUAUUGUCUAUGUGUUGCUUCAGAUGUGACAUUACUGCCCGAAUUCAAGGAAUGUGUCCAGUUAUUAUCAUUUCUCUCGAAAGAUGAAAUGCUGCAGAAGGUCAAACAGGUGCUGGAUGUGCUGUUGUUGUGGGUGAAUCGAAACGAUCAAUUGAGUAUCAAAGGCUGUUUAGUGUACGACGUAGCGCCAUUGGAAGAAAUGGCAAACGGUUUGGUCCUAUUGUCUGAUGAACUAGGAGCCGCAAAUCACGAACGAAUCUUAGGGGAAAAGCAAAGCGACAAACCGUCAUGUCUUCUCGAACCUCAUAUGGGACGGCAAGAACUGCGUGAAAAGUUACUUACGGCUGCAAAACAUUCCAAAAGCGAGUCCGCUGUAAGCCGAGCUAUUGGAAAGAUAAUCGAUUACUGCGUAAAAAAUAUUUUUCAACGAUAUCUCCGUCCUGCAACCAGCCAAACAGUGCCAUUAGUGGAACUUUUUCUCUACAACAACAGCACCUACCUUCGGCAGCACAUUGUUGGUACUCCUAGAGCAGCGGUGCACAUUGCCCUUAACAACCCUCAAUACUACACACAAUGUGAUUGCUGCCGUCUUGAUGAAUCGUCGUGCAUUGUUCCUUCUCUGCCGGAUCUCUCAAUAGCGUACAAACUGCAUUUAGAAUGUGGCCGAAUGAUAAAUCUCUUCGAUUGGCUUCAAGCUUUCCGCAUAAUUAUCGAUGAUAACAAAAAUGACGAAACGGAGCAGCAAGUUGAUCCAAUAAUUCAGGCUCGUUUUACACGGGUAGUUGCAGAAUUACAGUUUCUUGGCUUCAUUAAAACAUCCAAAACUAAAACAGAUCAUGUUACAAGACUUACAUGGUAA